AUGCGCUCCCUCGAAGCACGACUCUGUGACCCGCGCUCUGCAAGAUUCAACCUGGUCACAAGUCAAGCAGCGACGGCGCAUUCAUCGUCUUGCUCCUUCCCCUCAACACUUUCCCGUCGAGAGCCAUCCCGCUUGACCCCGCUCGAUCAGCUCCCUACUUUCCGCUCCUCUGCAAGUCCAGAUCCGAGUGUGGGACCUUCAGGCUGCCGUCGCGCUACCUUAUACCGAAUUUCGUCCGCGUCUCUGGAUACUCUCAUUUACGCAUACGCGCUCUCUCCACUCAGCAAGCGCGUCUCCUCUUCUUCUUGUCGUUGGUAUCAGCCCGGGUCGACAUUUCGGCAACAGUCUCGACCCUCGCGGCGUCGAGCAUACCCUCCCCGCGCACCGCGACUCGAUCACAUCCGCCGAAGGUGUGGUUGCUCUCGUCGUGCCGAGUCCAUCGACCGAUUCUCAUAUCGGUGUGACGCGCUAUCAGGUUGCCCACGCAGCAAGCAUCGACCCUAG